AUUGUUGUUGACGCAAAAACAAUCGCGAACAGGAAAACAAAACGAAAAGCAGAUAAAAAAAUCUAGAAAACCGCCAAACAAGUGAGCCAAACAAGUGAGCCAAACAACCAGCAACAUUUGGGCAUAAACAAUCAAUGCAAUCGCCGUAGCAGUAGCAGGGAACAUCAAGGUUUACCUGCAAAGCCCAACUGAAUAGAUGCUGCAAUGACCGCAUCGCCUAUCUACAUUAAAGCCUAAAUAUAGAGACGCCUGGAGCGAACCACAUUUGAUAAUUUUGAAACGAGGAUAACAGCAGCCAGAAAGCGUCGCAAAAUGACACUGAAAAGCUGGCGGCACAAGCGUAAAUAGUUAUUUGCAUUUAGAUAACCAAUUGGAGACUAUAAGCCGACAAACAGCAACAUUCGUUUGCAAAGCCCUCGAAAAGAUAAUUUAUAUAUAGAAAUCAUGCUGGGACGCACACAGAAGCUUAUACUGGGCAUAGCAAUACUGAUACUAGUCGAUGUCGUAUGGGUUUCCUCCAGUGAGCUCACCAAGUUUCUGUACAAUGAGGCCAAGUUCGACAAGCCCUUCUUCUGCACAUAUUUCAAAACGUCAAUGUUCAGUAUCUACCUGCUUGUUAUAGGAAUUUUGGCGCCAUGGAAAGAGUCGUGCGAGCGCCAAAAUGGAACUUAUGCAAUGAUGGAGCAGAAUGUCGAUGAUGAGAACUACUACUCCAAUCAGGCUGUUUUGGGAGAUCCUACCUAUGUGCCGAUCAGAUCCGCACACCUGGCCUCAACAGUCAAUGGCAGCGGUAACACCUUGUCCGGCACUGAGAGCGACGAUUCCAGCGUGCGCAGUGUUCGCUUCAGCAAGAUGGCAGAGGUCCGGGAAAUGUCCGCCCAUGAGGCCACCGAUGCAUUGUUGGCACGUCUAUCCUAUGCGGCCAGCUUGCGCAUCAGGCGGCAAAAGACCCAUCACAAGACAGCCAAGACGGCCUUGCUUUUCUGUCUGCUUUGGUUUGUGGCAAACUACUUCUUUCAGCUGGCCCUGGAAAUGGAUGAGACUGCCAUGAUAACACUUGUCAGCUCUACGUCGUCGUUCUUUAUCAUCUGCCUGGCGGCCGUUUUCCCCUCGGCAACAGGUGACAAGCUGACCAUCACCAAGCUGAUUGCUGUCGGCAUGAACAUUGCAGGAGUUGUGGCCAUAACAAUGAACGAUCUGCACGACACAAAGAUGACAAGGGGUGUCCUCUUGGCCCUGUUCAGCGCCUUCUUUUACGCGUCGUACCUGGUGUUUGUCAAACGAAAAAGUGAUACUGAGGAAAAGGUCGAUAUACCUUUGUUUUUCGGGUUCGUUGGCCUCUGGAAUCUCAUGCUUUUGUGGCCGAUUUUCUUCAUUUUGCAUUUCACCAAGAUCGAAACAUUUGAAGUGCCUGAUCAGGGGCAAUUCGCGCUGCUGUUUCUGAACGGACUAAUAGGAACCGUGCUCGCGGAGGCAUUAUGGCUGUGGGGCUGCUUUCUCACCUCCUCGCUGAUUGGCACAUUGGCCAUGUCGUUGCAGAUUCCCUUGGCCAUUGUAUUUGAUGUUCUGCUGAAGCAUAAGCCGUAUUCUCACAUGUUCUAUAUCGGUUCGAUACCCAUAUUUCUGGCCCUGACACUUGUUGCGCUGCUGAUGCGUAACGAUGAUGCUGAUCCGCUUACGAAACUGUUCAAAAUUGUAUAUAGAAAACUCUGUCGUUGCCAUAAGCCGAGCAUUGUAAGAGUCAAUGACGAUGAGCAGCAGGAAUCGUUGAUUAGCAACAGCGAUUGAAAGCGGCGGUGAAUGAACGCUUUUUUGGAAAAAUCGCUGUUCAAAACACAUGAAAUGUUGCUCAUUAUAAUGCAAUCUAAAACUUGGCUGUUCACGAGUUCGUUUCGAAUCGUUCUUUAAUCUAUGGGGACAACAUGAUGCACAACGUAUUCCCCUAUCUCACUAUUCAUUGUGUUUCCCUCGUUUGUGCAUUUUCAGUUGGAUAUUAUGUUGCGAUUUUAGGUACAACUAUUUAUUACUAUCCUACAAGUGUAUUCCCUGUAAAUAGCUUUAGCUCUUACCUUUAGUGUUAUUCUAUGUGAUAGUCCAGAACGUUUUGCUGAAACCCAUCUAUAAUUUAUUGUAUUCAAUUGAUAUUCCCACUGCGCUUGGCUGUAUAGUUGUUGACUUCUCUGAUCCAAAGCGUAAUAACCUUAAAUACACCUUAGUCUACAUUAAGCUUAUAAAAACA